GCCUUUCUGAGGCCUUGGAAAAUUACAAAGUCCUACACACUUGAUAAUGACAAUUUGUGUAAUUGAAUGCUGGUUUUGGUUUUGUUCCAUUAUUUGGUUUUGCUAAGAAUCAGGCAAUUGGACAAUAAGAGAGCUGCACAUGUUAGGAUUUUAGUCAGUGUAUAACAUAACUGAAUAAAGUGUAGUUCUAACUUGCCCACAGUAGGCUCAGUUUAAUAUUUUUUUUAAACUUAAUUGGCACUUAUUUACAGAAUGUUUUAUUUUCUGUCCUCUGUGUCGAGUAGUUCUUACAGAUGAACAUUUUUCUGCCACUGAGACUACCUUCACACUACAGCAGUAGUUCCACAUUCAAUGGAAAAUGAACCAUGUCAGUCCUGCAGCAAAGUGACUCAGCGGAAAGCUCUCACACAGCCAUAGUUGGGAGUUUGAAUACACCCUCUGCUCUAUAGAGACGCCGACCGUAAGUGACAGGCAUGACGGCCCCGAACUCUGCACAGCGGCGGGCGUGCUGGGCCGCCAGGGACGACUUGUGGAAAUGUCUUGAGGAGAACAAUGAAAACUCGGCUCCUUGCGAGACACUCCGCAGGACCUUCGAGGCCAGCUGUCCAGCUCAGUGGGUGAAGUAUUUUUCCAGAAGAAGAGACUUCUUGAAAUACAAGGAGAAGAUGCAGGAUAAUGGUUUUGAAUCUUCACAGCAGUCCUCAAAAUGAGGAUAGCAUUCGUCAAGCAGAAACCUGAAAUGGUUCAGGGUGCAAUAUACAGUACUGUGCAGACUUCUGAAUGAAUGGUCUCCUUUCAGCAAAGGCCAUCUAAUUGCGGUGUUUCCGGCAUCCAUAGUGCUGUGCAUUUGGGAUGCCGUUUUUACCUGAGCUAAUAUCAUGUAGACUCAUUGAAAUUAAAUUGGCAUGCAGGUGCCUGGGGUGAUUUCAUUGUUGAAGACACUGCAGCACAGCUUGAAACAAGCUGUCCGAGAGGCCAAAUAUCUGGGUUGAGAGAAAAAUGGUGUUAUGUAAUUGCUGAAAAACCUUUAGUUGAAUGAAAUAUUUCCCAGCUUGAUUUUGCCUCCCCUCCUGAAAUACUGCCCCAAGACUGCCCCAGCAGAGAUGUGUAUGCCUUCCUCCCACUUACAGAUUGAUUCAUAAAUCUGUUAAAUUGGUGAACGAAAAGUGCUCGUUUCACCCAGAAUGCAUCACACAACGAAGUUUUGUGCACUGAAUAAAACAAAAUUAUUUUGUC